CACACACACACACACACACACACACACACACACACAUUCUCUAGCUUGCCUGAUCAGCAGCAGAGUGGAAGGGCUCGCUGCUGCAAUUCUCUCUCUCUCUCUCUCUCUCGCUCUGUCUCUACCUCUCUCUCUCCCCCCUCCUUGCAUCCCCCUCCUUCUCCUAUCCCAAACCUCCAGCUGCAUCGGGAGCCUGCAGAGCGGCGAGCAGGACGGGGGCCGGCACUGGCAGGCAGCAUGUUUAGUAUCACGCCACAACAUCCGUAACAGCCAGAGAAAAGAGGUUGAGACCAGUAACCUUCCAACAGCAACCAAUAAAGCACAAAAGGGGGACAAACUGCUGGAGGAGGAAACGACAGGCGAAAAGGAGAGAUGGCAGACCAACACUAGAAAGGAUGAGAGCCCUGACCAUGCCGGUUUGCUCUGCCUCUCUGCCCUGCCUGUUCCUCCUGCUGCUGUGUGGGCUGCUAGGAGGCCGGGUGCUGUCUAUCUGCCCCGCCAUGUGCUCCUGCAGUCGGGGGCACCGUGUGGUUGACUGCUCCUCGCGAGGCCUAACCAAGUUACCGCCCGGUCUGCAGCACAACAUCCGCUUUCUCAACCUCUCUUUUAAUAGCUUGCAGGGUCUGGAGAGCCAGCUCACCCACUAUGCCCACCUGCGAACCCUGGACCUGUCCUACAACCGCCUGGAGACCCUGCCCCCCGCCCUGCCGCGGUCUCUGUGGGACAUCCGAGCGGCGGGGAACCAUCUGCGCUCGCUGGACAAAAACGACACGGCUUACCACUGGAACCUGAAAGUGCUGGACCUGUCGGACAACGAGCUGGAGAGAGUGGUCUUCAUCAACAACACGCUGCCGAGUCUCGGAGCUCUCAACCUCAGCCACAACAGGUUUUGGACCGUGCCCACGAAUAUGCCACACAACUUGGAGAGCAUCGAUUUGUCGCAUAACUAUCUCAUGCGGAUCCUGCCUGGAUCGCUGGAUCGGCUGCCGAGGCUGGCUAAGUUCUAUUUGCACGCUAAUCGCUUCUCCUGGUUGUCCGAGGGGAUAUUCGAUAAGCUGACGGGGCUGGAUUUGAUGACUCUCGGGGAUAACCCCUGGGCUUGUGAAGAAGAAGAAAACAUGACAAAGGUCCUGACGUGGACUGAGCAGACCCGUGCAACCAUCUUAGGCUGCCCCUGUUACACGAGACCUAUCUGUGGGCAAAGCACUCAGGCGACACCUGGGGAGGAGUGGCACUCUGCACUGUUCACAGAGCCACCUCUAUGGGUGAACAGCAGAGGUGAAGGGCAUGAUGGUCAAUCACCUGCAAGGACUGCAGAGGCCACGUCUAGUUACCAGGCCAAAUUGGCACUUUUCGAGACAGGAAUAUAUCAGGACAAAAGAGGAGCGAAUGAAUCUGGAGACCGCGUGGUGUUUGUCUGGACAUCUUCCACUAAUCAUGACAGUUUCUCCACACACACAAGCACAACAGCAAGCCCAUCGUCAACGAAGAAGCUCAAAGUAGCUAACUCAAGGAAUACAUGUGAGGGACUCCUCAUUGAGACUCAUCAAACUGUCACCCUGACUAUUGUAGUCAUGACAACAGCAUUCAACAUCUUUUGAACCACCUUGACUGGAUACACAAUACACUACUUACCAGAUUAGUUUGGACAGUGAACAUACGACCAAGCAACUCCACUCAGCACGUCCAUUUUCAUCUCUCUUGUAAAAGCUGUUGUGACUGUUACUGCCGUUUGUCACCAUCAUCAAGUGUAUCAUCGUGUUUCAACAUCAACAUGACAAUGUCUCUCAAAAUCAUACACACCAAGAUGAACUGUAUAAAGCUACAAGAUCUAUCUGAAUCCAUGGUUCAAUGCUCAACUCCUCAGUAUAAUGCUUGCACAAUAUAUAAGUGAUGCUUGUGCUACAUUUGGUUCUGCUGAGCCAUUCAAAACAGCAUUGACGAUAUACAUUACAUAACAUUCAAUAGUCCCUGUUUGCACUCUGAUUGAGUAACGAGGAGACUAAAAACUCUACACAACAAAUUAAGAUACAAGUUACCAAUAAAGGGCUAUAGUUAAAUGAAAGACUUCAAGUAGGAAGUCAUGAAAUGGUUAAAGGUGUUCCUGUCUGCAGAAACUUAAUAUUUUAUGAAUAACAGUAGAGUACAAUGAAUCCCCUAUGAUAUAAUACCAUGUAAAAGAAAAUAAGCCCAAGAAGUAAAACCAAGCACAAGAAACAACGUAAUCAUGUUGAAAAGACUGAGUAAGGCUGCCCAUCAAAAUAUCAGCAAAGGCAAAAACUGUUGUUUUCCUGUCAAAAACUAGUUUAGUAGAUCAAAUUCUUUCAUUUGAUUUGUCCCCUUUAGUUUAGUAAGCUGUGACUCGUUCAUUAAUCACAAUAUUGGUGCUGCUUUUUCUUACUGUGAGGUCACUGAACAGUCCAUUCAAAAGUGGGCUGACCGUGUAUUUAGCAUUCUGUUCGCCUAACUUAUAAACCCUGAUAAAGAGCGCCCCUCCUGCAUGGCUAUCGGCAGCGCUGCCAGCUGCAGUGGCAGUUACACUGGACAGCAGUAAAGGAAGCGGUCUGGUCUGGAAGAGGAGUCGAUGGCCGACCUUGCAAAAGCAUUCGGCAAAAAAGAAAAAGGGCAGAGCUGUGCACAGCCUUCCUUUCUACACAUUUUUCAUCACUCCUUCCCACAUUUCCAUUACAUUUAGGUUAGGGGGAGGUGGGGUUCCUGGCUGAUGAUUCAAAUCAUUGUCUUUUACACUAGAUGGCAACCUUAGGACAAACAUGAAACGUUUAAAGUUUUUCCCUCCAAAAAGGAAAAGAUAGACAGCAGAAGUUAGUGGUGGACAUUAUGGAUCCUGAGGUAAAGUAUUCAGCAUAUCCAGAUCUGUUUGACAUUUUACAGCUAUCGGCAUGAUGAAAAUGAGCCUUAAAUCAGGACCUUGAGUGACCACACAGUACCAUUCUUUUAGUCCAAGUCACACAGCUGCAGGACUAUUUGUGUAAUAAAUAUGGAUUAAUUGGACUGAACAAACAAGAGCAGAAGCACUGUGGGUCUACGAUCUAUCGCUCACAGAAGAUGUUCAACCAUCUGAUUUCUUCAAAUCUCAAAAGACCAACUGUUGCAAACAUUAUUUCAAACUGAGUUUGAAAUCAUGCCGUAGAACGCCAGAUGGACUGUUGACUUAACGGAGAUUCAGUGAAACUUUACUGCAAAUAAAAAAACACAUGAAU